AUGGCGGACCCGGAGGUGUGCUGCUUCAUCACCAAAAUCCUGUGCGCCCACGGGGGCCGCAUGGCCCUGGACGCGCUGCUCGAAAAGAUCGCGCUCACCGAGGCGCAGCUCCGCGAAGUGCUGGAGGCGGCUGGGCCCGACCGAUUCGUGUUGCUGGAGACCGGCGACAGGGCCAGGGUAACCGGCUUCGUGGUGGCCACCACCCGAGCCCGGGUCUGCCGUCGCAAGUACUGCCAGAGACCGUGCGAAGACCUGCACCUCUGCAAACUCAACCUGCUGGGCCGAUGCCGCUAUUCGCAGUCGGAGAGGAAUCUGUGCAAAUAUUCUCACGAGGUUCUCUCGGAAGAGAACUUCAAGAUCCUGAAAAAUCAUGAGCUCUCUGGACUGAACAAAGAGGAAUUAGCAGUGCUCCUCGUCCAAAGUGACCCCUUUUUUAUGCCGGAGAUAUGCAAAAAUUAUAAGGGAGAGGGUCGAAAAGUUAUUUGUGACCAGCAUCCAUCAUGCGAAAGACUCCACAUCUGCGAGCACUUUACCCGAGGGAUUUGCGGUUAUGCCAACUGCCUCAGGUCCCAUAACCUGAUGGAUAGGAGGGUGCUGGCCAUCAUGAGGGAGCACGGGCUGAGCCCCAGCGUGGUUCAGAACAUCCAGGAUAUCUGCAACAGCAAGCACGGCCGAAAGAAACACCCCAGGGGCAAAGCUCCUUGCUCCCAUCGUAGAGAUGUGGCAUACAGAGGGAGAAGCAAGAGCAGAGAACGAUCGUUUCAGGGCGGUCCAGAAUUUCUCCCACCUGCUUCCGCUUCUACUCAGAAGUCCAGCACCCCCAGUUCAGAUCAAAUCGGCCACAGGCCUCCCCUGGAUGACAUGCCCGUAGGGGAGCUGGCCCACAAGUUCAUGCAUUUGGGAAGUCAAGAUUGCCCUCAGCCUUCCCCGGUCUCGCCUAAGGUUGAUAAUCUUGGAGGAACAGGUCACAUGGAAAGAAGCCAGCGGUUUUCAGAGAAUGGCGGUCCAGAGGAUGUCUUUUUCGGGAAUCAAGGCAGCACUUCCCUCCCUUCUGACCCAAUGCCAGCUUCCAACCGGAGGGGCCCGGCGUCCUGGCUGAAUGACAAAGGCACCGGGAGAGGGAGUUUGUUUGCCCAGAGUCAGGCUGCCUCUGGCCCCCCUCUGGGUUCUCCACGGACACCUGAAACCACAACCACCAGAAAGAGCGCGGGGAUGCUUUCCACAGAUGGCACGAAUGCCGAGGGCAGAAGCGGGAAUCAAAAUGUCCAGUAUUUCUCGCUUUUCGAUAAUAAUGUUGAUGGAGCGGCCACAGAUGGAGCUUCCACAAGUUGUCUAAAUUACAAAACCACAACCAGCGGCCAGAGAGAAAAAUCGUUACCUAGGAAUCAGGACACCGGAACUACUCACGGUGGUCUCCAGACCACUGGCAAGAUUACAGAUGGCGCUGAUCCAGCAGCGGCCUCUGUGAACAAUUCUGCAUCUGACGUUGAGAAUACCAGCUCUUCCAGGAUGGAUGACUGUGGCCCACAGGAAAUUUGUCUUGACCAUCUGUGUAAAGGUUGUCACCUUGGUGACUGCAACAAAGUUCACUUCCACCUGCCUUACCGGUGGCAGAUAUUACUUGCAAAUACCUGGAUGGACCUCCAGCCCAUGGAGAACAUUGAGAAGGCCUAUUGUGACCCCCAGAUCCACAGCUUUUCUAUCGGAAAUAAAAACAUCAACUUCCAGAUGAUGGUUUGUAAUUGUAAUCCUAUCCGGCGUAUCUCCACACCUUCAUCUGUCACAGUGCUGACCAAUUUUGUCUUUGCCACAAAAUGGAUUUGGUACUGGAGGAACAAAUCCGACAGAUGGGUUCAAUAUGGGGAGAAGGUCGACAAACAGCAAGCUGCAAAUGUCGACUCUUCGUACCUGGAGUCUUUCUUUCUGUGCUCUCCGAGGGGAAUUGUGCCAUUUCAGGCGGGUUCACGGAGCUACGAGCUGAGUUUUAUGGGGAUGAUUCAAACAAACGUAGCUUCCAAGACCCAAAAGAAUGUUGUCAGAAGGCCAAAAUUCGUGUCUUACGAGGAUGUGGAACAGAUUAAAAGGGGGUUCAAGCAUCAGCCGGUGCAGACCCUGUCAGAGCCGUUAACCUCGACAUUGUUCCCUCAGCAGGAGUUCGGCUUGAAUGGUUAUGAGCUGUUAGAGAUCAAUCAGCAGACUCUGGAAUAUGACACAAUAAGCGAGCGUUUUAAAGCUUCCAUGAAAAAUUUCAAGAUUGAAAACAUAAAGAAGAUCAAGAAUACAAAGCUCUUGAAUGCUUUUGAAAGGAAGAAAAUGAAGAUGAACAACAAAAGGGAAAACAUCCUGUUUUGUGCCACAAGCCGCGCCCAUGUGGAGUCUAUCUGUGCGAAUAAUUUUGACUGGAUCUUACAUGGGACUGAUGAAAACAAAUAUGGAAGAGGAAAUUACUUCAGAAAAGAUGCCAUCUAUUCCCAUAAAAAUUGCCGGUAUGAUACCAAAAACAUCGUGAUGUUUGUAGCUCGAGUCCUGGUUGGAGAUUUUACUCAAGGAGCUGUGGGAAGCAUAAGCCCUCCUCCACCACCAUAUGACAGCUAUGUGGAUGCAAGGUUGAAUCCCUCCGUGUUUGUCAUCUUCGAGAAAGAUCAGAUUUACCCAGAAUAUGUGAUUGAAUAUACUGAACUAGACAAAGCCUGCGUGAUUAGUUAG